UAAAGUUGGGGCUACUGUAGAAAUAAUCCUGGGUACAAGGUAUUACGUUCUUCAGAGUCUGGGUUAUAUGAAAGAGGCGAUAUAUUUCACCGCCCGGGAUGAAGCUCGUGUGAACCAAGGAAUAUCGGAGCCGAAACAAUGAGGUAGCUUUGCCAGCCAAAAAUCGUCAACUACAAGACUCGUCCCCCAGAGCCACACGACGCCGCGAAAAUGCCAGAGACCUCGAUCCCCCCGCCACCAGUGGUCACGCGUCCCAACAGGCCCGUCUCCGAGACGCUGCUGAAUGAGAAGUGGGACCGCUGUCUCUCGUCUCUUCUCAUCCGCUCGUCCCUCGGCCUGUCCUUCGGCGUCGUCUUCUCCGUCCUCAUCUUCAAGCGCCGCGCGUGGCCUGCUUUCGUCGGCUUGGGCUUUGGUGCCGGAAGGGCGUACGAGGAAUGCAACUCGAGCUUUAUCAGGGCGGGAAAGGGACAGUCUAGGUCAUAAACGAUUCAUCGGAGGGAAUGAUGGGGGUGUGUUUGUUUGAUACGAAGAAUUGAGGAUCGAAUACAAAAUAGGAUUGGAGUGGGGGAAUUGUACAAGUACAAACCGAGAGCGACAGAUAUAGAUCGAGACAUACAGCAAAUAAGAUGGUGGUUGUCCAUUUCCUGUGUCUUUUGUCUACGCGACCAGUGAGCCCAAGAGGAGAUAUAACAUCAUUUUUCAUUGUUACGG